CUGAGCUGAUCAUUCAUCAGCCUCACUCUCUAGUCAUGAGCUGUGGUGAUGAUGUGGUUCCUCCUCCUUCUCCUCUACACUGCUCACGUUGAGCUAGUGAUCACACAAGGUGAGAAAAGACUGUGUCUGAAAGGAACCCAGCCAUGCAAAGGUCACAUUGAAGUCUACUUUAAUGGUGAACCGGGUUUUGUUGGACAUCAAUCCUGGAACAAUGUCACUGAAAAAGUGGUUUGUAAAAGCACUUACUGUGGGGACCGUGAGAGUAGCUCACUGGAGACUGCACCAGAGCAGAUUAAGACAGUCUGGCUCAAUAACCUUGUAUGCAGCGAAGACUCGAAGAAUCUGUGGGACUGUAAACAUCCCGGUUGGGGCACCAGCCAGUACCGGAUGGGGGAUCUGAGAAAGAUUCAAUGUUCAAAUAAAAUCAAAUUAAGGCUGGAGGGACAUCAUUGUGCGGGAGUUGUCAAGUACUCUACAGAUGAUGGAAAGACAUGGUCAGGUUUCUUUUGCGAUGAUGGCUGGGGAGAUCAGGAAGCCAAUCUUUUGUGUAAAAACAUCAACUGUGGUGAGGCUACAUCCAAAAAACCUCAGCUGAAUUCUGAAGUUUUGGGACGUUUGAAGGGCUCAACAAAGAUGAAGGUCAAGUGUUCGGGCAUUAAAGAUCCAGAUCAUCUGUGGCAGUGUGUCACUGGGGAAUCACCAAACUGCCAAAAGCCUGCUUCUGUCAUAUGCACAGAUUAUGAGAGACUGCAACUCGAAGGAAACACAUCAUCCAGUGUGUGUUCUGGGCAGCUGCAAAGAGAAAAUGAUAAAGGUGACUGGGAACCUGUUAAAGAAAGUAAAAUCAGCGCUGAUAACUGGUGCAAGCAAAUGCACUGUGGUGUCAAAAACGCUUCCAAUACAGAUGACAAUGGCAUACAGCUGGAAUGCUCAGACAAAGUCAAAGUACUUCUGAUGGACAAUAAUCAAGAAAGCAAGUGCUAUGGUAAAGUUUAUGUUGAAGUGAAUAAUGAAAGACAGCCCGUUUGUGCCUCCUCCUGGAAAGACAAGGAUGCUGAAGUGGUUUGCAAAGAGCUGAACUGCGGGAAAAUGAUUAGUAAUGAAAAAAAAAAGGAUGCAAAUAGGCAAAUACAAGGGAUAAUGGACAACGUGGACUGCUCUGGCAAAGAAUCCUCACUGUGGCAUUGUGUAGCCAAGCAUGACAACAACCUGAUGUGUCCUUCCACCGCCUAUGUAGUCUGUGCAGAUAGUGUGAAAGUGAACUUGACGGACGGUCCUGGAAGAUGUGCUGGGAGAGUGGAGAUCCAACAUGAAGGCCAAUGGAGAAGGGUCUAUAAAAAUCAAUGGACAGACAUCAAUUCAAAUGUUGUCUGCAAAGAAAUGGGUUGUGGGAAAAAGAAAAAACAUGAAAAAUUUUUCCAAGGUUCAAGUGAAUUCCUGACUAAGACUGUAGAAUGCAAUGAAAACAACAAAAAUAUAUCUGAGUGUUUCACAGACAAAUCAAACCCACUUGGGAGAGAGGACACGGAGGCAAUAGGAAUAAUCUGCACGGAGCACAAGGUGGUAACUCUGGAGGGAGAUGCUGCUUGCUCUGGUAAGGUGAAGAUAGUGCAAGACAAAGAAACCUACUGGCUCUCUGGGUCUGAGACGUGGAACUCCAAGAGUGCAAACACAGUGUGUCAGCAGAUGCAUUGCGGGACGGCCAGAGACUUUAGCAGCAUUAAAAGCACUGGAGUUGACAAUACAACAUCUAAACUGAAAUCUUACAACUGCUCAUCGGCCAAGGCAUCCCUGUUUGACUGUGAAGAAAAAGUACCAUUGCCAUCUAAGCAUAAUGACACUAUUGCCUUUGUGGAUUGCUCAGAAAAAAUCCAAAUGACAUUGACUAAUGGCUGCUGGGGGAAGGUCAAUAUUUGUGCGGGCAACAAGUGUGGAGGCGUGAGUGCCGACACCUGGACAACCGAAAAGUCUAAUUUGCUGUGUAAAACGCUUACCUGUGGAAGCAAAGCCUUAACUGCCAUCUCCAACCCCCCCAAAAGUAAGGUGAUCUUCAAAAGUUUGCACAUGACAGAGAAGACGACCAACCUGGAGCAGUGCAACUUCGUCAGCAAUGAUAAAAAUGUUACCGACUAUGACCCAGCCUAUGUUGUUUGCUCAGGCAGUGUUGAGUCCAAAAUGGAUGUUUCCAGAGAGAAAUGUUCUGGUAAUGUGAAGGUGUUGUAUGAAGGCAAGUUGCGCCCAGUUUGCAAGGAUGCUCUUGAAGACAGCAACACACAAAAAACCAUCUGUGAGGAGCUGGGAUGUGGUCAGGCUGGCAACCUCACUGAGUACUUCGGAUCUAAAUCACAAGAGACUCCUGUCAUUUCAAAAAUUGAGUGUUCAGGUGACAGUAAGUCAUUAAAAGCUUGCGAAAUCACUACUUCUAAAGUCUCCUGCACUCUUGGUGGCCUCCAGUGCUCCAGCUGGAGUAAGAUACAGCUGACAGUAGCCAACAAGGCCUGUAGUGGAGCUGUGUCUGUUGUCUCGCAGGGGAAAAUAAGCCCUGUCUCCAUUCAAGGCUGGACAGGAGAAGCGGGGGACAGACUUUGCCACGAUCUGGAUUGCGGCAGUCUCAAGUCAAAUAAGACAACGAAAUUGCAUUUUCCCUCGGCCACAAACUUCAGCUGUGCAGGUGAAAAGAAUCCAGAAAACAUCUGGAAGUGUAAAAAGGAAACCUUUGUUCUUGACAAAGGGGACGAAGAAGUGGAACAGCUUUUAAUUGAAUGUCAAGAUGAGCCCAAUGUCACCCUUUCGGGGCAGUGUCAUGGUGAAGUGAUGAUAAACGGCCGUGAGGUUUGCAGCAGUACCUGGAGAGAUGAAGACUCACAGUUGGUUUGCCAACAGGAAUGUGGCAAUGCUAUUCCUGGUGUCCCCAGUCUGAAGCCCAGACCUCCUCUUUCAAAUAUGGAUUACUACCAUGUCAGCUGUGAGAGCUACCAUUACAAACUCGGCAAUUGCAAGAGAUUCAUGGGAAAGUGUGACAAAAAAGUGGUUUAUGUUUCCUGUACUGACAACAAUGUCAAGUUCAGCACCACACGAAAGUGUGGAGGUCAGAUUUUAGUGACGUAUCGAGGCAAAUCUGAAAAAGUGUGUCCCCUGACGUCAUUUCCCGAGGCAAUGAAGGCGAAGCUGUGUCAAAGCUUUAAUUGUGGUGGUCACGAUAGGAGCGUAAAGAGAAGUGAUAACAAGACCAAAGAAAACUUGGAAACAGCACUGAGUUGCGAUGCCAAAGACAUCCAGGACAUCAAUUACUGUGUCAAGUACGAGACGUGUAACGCCAUACCAGCUGAGAUCUACUGCGACAACUAUGAGGGACACCCACAAAUCAUUGAACAGCCAAAAGAUUUCACAGUGCCCAUUAUCCUGGGAGUGGUAUUUCUGCUGGUUCUGGUGAUACUGAUUGUUGUAUUUUUACGAAUCUACACUGUCAGGAAAAACAAGAAAGGCAAGAAUUUCUCAUCGAGAAUGUUGCCAAGACAAGAAGUGGAGUUUGAAAGUGGCGACUACGAGGAUGUCACAGACAAAGAGAAUGAAAUGGAAGACUUGAGUCGUGGCAGAUUCCUACCAGAGGUCAUCACAGAGAACGACGCGCACAGCGCUUCCUCUUUACCUUACGAUGAUAUUGAUGACAUGCUUGAGGCUCAGCACCUGACCUCUCAGGUUGCUACUUCUGGUGCCUCAGGAGACAACUCCAUGCGUGAUGGUGCCCUUGAUCAAAGCGAAGAUGGGGUGACCUAUGAGGUGGACGACCCACAGGAGAAUUACGACGACAUCGAAGCUGGCCCUGAAAUCACUGCGACUGAGGCUGAAAUCCAUGAAACCCCACAAACCGCACCUGAGAGCAACACAGCGCCACCUCCAGAAUUAGUGGAGGGGGAUGACGACUACCUGGUGCCAGGCGCAGAUGGGUGAGCCAAGACUGGGUUCAAAGCCAAGUGACAUAAUUUUCAAUCCGGCAAAGCAGAACUCCCCUCAACCCCGGGAAGAAAAGAGAAAGAAAUGCAUCCCUAGAUUAAACUGACUAAAAUAUGCAUACUCUGACAUACUGAUAAUUUCAAAUCAGACAAUAUUGUUUAAAAGAAAAGAUGUUUCAAAGUCUAAACAUUUUCUGUAUAUAAUGACAAAAUAAUCUGACUGUGUACUGCUGAUUUGUGUACCUUUCAUUGACAUGAAGAUAGUUUUAUUUCUUUUGUUUGGUAUCAAAAGGUUUGGCCUGCAACAAGAUAACAGGUAGUAAAAUUUCCUUUUUCUUCAAAUGUACAAAAUUAGAGUGAUAGGGACAAAGAGCAAUAAGCACGGUUGCUUAUCUUUUCUUAUUGGUCUAAAAUCUACUGCCUGUUGCGUUGUACAGUCAUAUAUGAUUGUUUAAGAAUGAUGUGCAGUUGUAUAUACAGUAGUUAAGCUUCUAUGACUUAUGCAAUCUUUUACAAGAGAUUGGUUUUUCAGCAGUUUGUCAGUUCAUUGAUUGCAAUCCAUCCAAACACCCAUACGAUCAAGGCCUGUAGCUAAUGAAAAUUUAGCUCCAUAGAGCACAGAGACAGCAAAAAUGCAACAAAUGUUAUAUGAGUGAACACAGCUGAUACUGUAAACUCAGGUCAUAUCAACACAUUGUUACAUCAUAUAUUUUUAUAAUUGUAUAAGCUUUGUAAGGAUGUAGAACUUUGAGAUUUUACACAUUUUUUUUUUUUUAAUAAAGGAAUAGUUGCAGAGAGUUAGAUGAGAGGAAAGAUAUCACUCUCAUGUCUGUAGGGUAAAUAUGAAGCUACAGCAACCAACUGGUUAGCCUGAAAUAGGAAAACAAUAAUUAAACAGUAGUAGUUUUACGAUGCUCUCCAGUGUAGAGACAGCUGCUGACCCAAACCCAGGAUGAGCCUUGGUGAGAUGGAGGCAGCUGCCAGGGGGGAAGAGCGGUUUUGCCUGUUCAGGCUUCAAGAUAAUGUUAUCAUCUGCCUUCUGCGUAAAAGGAGUGAGUUUACAGCUUGCAGCAACCUUUAAUGAUACAGUCUCUGGCUGUUUGAUAUCUAGUGUUGGAAAAAAAAUGUGUUCCUCAUUUCUGACCCAUUGUUAGCGUAGCUAGCAGGCAUUAGCUCGAGGGGCUAAUUUGGCUUGUUUACUAAGCUAAGUGAACAUCGCUGUCACCCUGUUCAAAUUUUAAAUUUUCAUAUGAAAAAAGAAAGAGUAGUCACAUGUAUUGAAAAGCCAAAUCAAAUUUGACUGAGAUAAUUCUGAGCCUGGUAUAGCCCUAUACAGCUAGCAUAGCCAGCUAACGUCUGUCUGCAGAUGCCAAAAUUCACCAAUUAACACAUUACUUUUGUUUGAUUCAUACCAUCUCCGAAAGCCAAAUAAAACAACAAGUUGGGUUUCAAUACUUGCACUGAUUACACAAAUAGGAUAUUAAAAAUUAUAGGUGCCAGUCGGUGGAUUUUAAUAUCUUUGGACAGGCAGACUAGCUGUUUCCCCCUGCUUCCUAUCUUGAUUCUAAGCUAAGCUAACCAUCUCCUGGCUCUACUGCAGCUUCAUAUUCACCAUACAGAUGUAAGAUCAGUAUUAGUCUUUUCAUCUAACUCUCAGCAAGAAAUGCAAAAAUGUUUCUAUUUUCGACUUUUAUUGUUUGAGUGUUGACAAUUUAUAUGUUUUACAUUUAACUGGUAACAACAACAACAAAAAAAAGUGUGUUAUGUAAAUUGCGUUAUUUUGUACUCCUGUAAAGAUGCUGUAUAUCUUGUAUUUCAUGUUUAACUUCAGAAUUAAAUUCAG